AUGGCAAAGGAAGCGAUUGUGAAGCGAGGCCGGAGAUGCGGAGUGGCAGAGAAAAGGUUGCGAACCUGGACUGGAGGAAAUUUGAACGAAACUGGUGCAGUGAGUGUUGCAGUUGAUUUGAAUGAACAAUGUUUUACGCACAAGACUAAAAGCGUUCCGUUACAGGUCUAUCUCGUUCAUCUGGUGUAUCUGUUGAGUGUUUACGAUACGGGGCCAUUCCCUAUUGUUUACCGUGGCAAGUAUCAGUUCAUCUACUACUGUCUCCUGCAACUGCUUAUUUCUUAUUUUUUUGGCUUAUUCCCAGCAUUUGUCGCUGAAUUCCCAGCAAUUAAUCUGGAAAAGUUGCUACUUUCGAGUGACAAAUCUGCGAAGCCAGUUGCAAGCACAGAGAUGAAAAUUACUGGGUCGUUAAAUAAUGCUAAUGAGGAGCGGUGA